AUGAAAGAAGAAGGGAAGGAGAAAAUUAUUAGGUGUUGCAAUGAUUGCAAGACCACCAAGACACCAAUGUGGAGAAGUGGACCAGCUGGUCCUAAGUCACUUUGCAAUGCAUGUGGGAUUAGAUUCAGGAAACAGAGACGAGCGGAGUUAUUAGGUAUUCGUAUUAUUCACAACCACAAAGUCCUAACCUCCAAGAAGGUAAACCCAUUAUCAUCAUCACAUGGUGGCGUGGCUGUGAAGAAACGAAGGAGUAGUCUAAAGGAGGAAGAACAAGCUGCUCUGUGUCUACUGUUAUUGUCUUGUAGCUCUGUUUUCGCCUAA